AUGUCGUCAACAGGAGUCAACGUCCUCCGGUGGUCCGCCCUCGCCUUUGGCGUGUUCUACGGCUUCUCCCACCAGCGCACGAUCACCACAACCCAGCGAGCUCAGCACGCGCAGCACGAGUAUGAGCAGAAGCAGAAGCUGAUAGAUCAGGCCAAGGCGGAAUAUGCAAAGAAGAAGAACCCUUCUGUAGCAUCAGCAGACGAUGGUACGCACAACCGCGCAGUCACAUGGCAUAUGCUCUGUCUUGCUCCUUUCAAGUCCAGCGGGGCUGCUCUGCAGCUUUUCGAGGAGAACUUGAGGAGUGGAAGCGCAUGCUAG